CAACAUGACAUGCACGACAUAUUCAGAAUAAAUGUCGCACACUAAAAUCAGGACGGCAUAUAAACAGACUAUUGACUAUAGUAAUAAUUACGUCUAAAGAAGUGGUUGGACAGUCUUCUGAUGGACUAGUAAAUACUUACCUAUAUACCUCCAAUCUAUAUAUAACUGAAUAGUAUAGUAGUUAUUCACAUUAAUCACCCUUCCAAAUCAUCAAAUCAAUACCUUUAACAACACCCUAAAUAUGGCACCACCAAAACGUUACUGGGCCAAAUUGAAGGUUCCAUCAUCAUUCUUGAAGACACUCCCCAAUUUUCCAACGCCUAUAUCCAAAUCUCGAUUGAAAAAGAUAGCGGCAGAAGAGAGAAAAGUUAAUAGUACAAGUACAUCAACUGGAGGUUCUAAAGUGGGAUCUCCAGCUCCUAGUACUGGAGAGAACAAUGGAUCUUCUACAAAUUUAAACAAUUUAAAUAAUGGAUCUAGUGGAGCCACUAUAAGUAAUUUCAAGAUCAAUUCUGGAUUAAAAGAAUCAUCCACAUCGGGAUUGACUAUGAAUAGUAUAACUCUGGGGUUAUAUGCAUUAGAUAAGUCAGGAAAGCCAAGUAAGAAAUGGGUAAAGAAGACCAAACAGUUUAAAACUUUCAGUGGAUUUAAAGUUAAAUAUGUAUCAUUUGCUCAUAAAGAUGAAAAAAAGAAACCCUCAGUAUCUGGUGCAAGUGCCAGUACGACUAUCACUACUACUAGUGUUCCUGUAAUUAAAGAAGAAGCAUCACCUACGCCUAUAGUCUCAGCAUCUUCCACGCCCGAUAUUCGAACAGAAGCUUAAGGCAGUAGACAGUUCAAAUUCAAACUCAAAUUCAAAUUCAAAAAUCCCAAGUCACAAUUCAUAACUCAGUUAUGUACCCUCUUAUACGAUCUUAAUUGUAUAGUUUCUCUGUAUAUUAGUGCAAUAUAAACACAUCUCCGUCGGCACGGCUUAGGCGUGGUUCGCUGAGAUAACAUAAACUAUUUUUUUUUCCACU